GCUUCUGGCUCUUGUCGUCCUGGACUUUUGUGGCGCCUCGUCUCUCUCUUCUCUCCUUUCCUUCUUUACUUGCUCUUGGGCUGCCUCUCGCCGCUUUCUUUGCAGCACAUAAUUAUCCUGCGGCUCCCUUUCCUAGGUGACCCUUGCGAGCUUUGGGCUGCGUGUGCUUGAAUCGCUCUGAAUCGCAGCUUGGCUUGAAUACCGCCUCUCGCGUCGAAAUACCCCGCCAGACAUCAAGAUGAGUUUCGCCAACAUGCUCAAUCGCCUCCAUGGGCAACCCGAGAGCUAUGAGAAAAAAUCAAAGUACAAGUUCGGACGCACCCUCGGUGCUGGUACCUAUGGAGUCGUUCGUGAGGCAGACGGCCCUACUGGCAAGGUUGCCGUCAAGAUCAUCCUGAAGAAGAACGUCAAGGGUAACGAGCAGAUGGUCUAUGACGAGCUUUCCAUGCUGCAACGACUGAAGCACCCUCACAUUGUCAAGUUUGUCGAUUGGUUCGAGUCCAGAGAUAAAUUCUACAUUGUCACUCAGUUGGCAACAGGAGGAGAGCUUUUCGAUCGUAUUUGUGACAGGGGCAAGUUCACUGAGAAAGAUGCCUCGCAAACUAUCAAGCAGGUUCUUGACGCCGUUGACUACCUGCACAAGAACGACGUCGUCCACAGAGAUCUUAAGCCAGAGAACCUCAUCUAUGUUACUGCCGAAGACGACUCCGAUCUCGUGCUGGCCGAUUUUGGUAUUGCCAAGACGCUGGACAGCAAGGACGAAACACUCAAGACUAUGGCUGGAUCUUUUGGCUAUGCGGCCCCUGAAGUGAUGGCCAAGAAAGGCCACGGAAAGCCUGUAGACAUGUGGUCUAUGGGCGUCAUCACCUAUACCCUGCUCUGCGGUUACUCCCCUUUCCGAAGCGAGAACCUGCAAGAUCUUCUUGAUGAGUGCACAAGGGGCAACGUCGUGUUCCACGAGAGAUACUGGAAGGAUGUCAGCGCUGAUGCAAAGGACUUUAUCAACCGUCUCCUUGUCCCAGAGCCUGAGCUGAGAUGGACCAGCGAGCAAGCUUUGGGCCACAUCUGGCUCAGCGGCCAGACCGCCAGCGACCACAACUUGCUGCCAGAAAUCGAGGCCUUCCGCAGACGGUCCCGCCUCCGCCGCGCCAUCGAAAUUGUCAAGCUUCAGAACAGGAUCAACAAGCUCAGAGAACACGAAGAAGACCCCGAGAACUCGGAAAUGGGAGACGUGCAAGGUGGCCAAGAAAAGGGAGAUGGCGCUCGGUUGCACGCCCUGGGUCUCUUUGCGCUGAAGGACGUCAAGCAGAAGCAGGAGACGCUGCAGAUUGAGGAAGAGAUGGGAAAGGAGGCGAAGCGGCGUAGCUUUAGCGACGCCUCUUAAAGCGCUCGCGUCUCGAAAGAGAAGGACUGGUUAUGAGGACUUUUUUUUGGGAUAUUCUUUUUUUGGUCUCUUGCUUUCCCUUUUUUUUUUGGUUUUCCGAAAUAUAAUUUUCUCUCUUCUCGCGACAUUGGUUAUAAGCAAAGUAUUUUGAGAUGAGACGUGAAUAGCAAUCAUGAACAAGGCGAUUUGGCUCAUUUUCAACGGAUGAAAGGGGAGAUGGUACAGUUGAAGUAAAAAACAUGGCUUUUGAGGGCAUCUUUUGUCCCUUUUUCUAUCCUAUCCAAUCUGGAGAUCUAUGUACUUUUCCCAACGAGCGCCUUCAUAGCAAGUAUCCCAAGGCAAGCAGCCCAUAACGCCAUCUAUCAAUGCCAAAGAAUCCAAUCAAACAAUGCAAACUCCGAAUUCUAGCCAAUAACAGCAAUAAAACAGCAAUAUUUUUUCAAUUUCAGUUUUACUUUUUUUGUUUUUACCACAUCCGCCUACCCCUAAUUGAUGUCCUCCAAGGCCCUCUCUCGAAGUGCCUCGUAUUUUCGGAAAUCAAAACGCUGUCGCUUCCAGCCACUGGCCCUCAGCCGCUCAAUCCGCGUGCGCAGUUCCAGGCUACGCAUUUCCUCGCUGAGGACUUGCGGAGGCUGGGGAUUCUCUGCGGCAGCAAGAUCACGCUCUAACCAUUCCAGGUGAGAGGUGAUUUGGCGCUGCAGGCUGGCAAGUACCGUGCAAUAGUGGUGGACGGAACGGGCAUGGAGGAAGCUGUCUGCAGUAGUGGGAGUAUCGAAGUAGCUGUCAUCGUCGCCCUGAGUAGAGCUGAAUUCUGAAUUUGUAGGAGAAGGGAGUGGAAACUGCGACUUUCCAGAGCUGGGUCGGAUGGGAGCCGGAUAGAGAACCGGAGGCUCAGGAGUAGGUUGGCGGGGGCACCAGUCAUCGUCAAAACCGAGGGUUGGAGAGUCUGGGCGAAUAAAAGGCUCAAAGGUAGACUCGUGCAAAGGUUCAUAUGAGGGCACGUCACAGAACGCGACGCGCUUCUUUUGCUUGGGCCGGCUACCGGGGCUCUUCAGACAGCUGUCAAGAGAGCUGAUUGAGAGUGAAGCAGAGCUUCCGGAGGAGAUUGUAGAGAAUGAUGCGUCCGAUCCAAAAGGAGUGUGUCGGCUGGACAUUGGAGACAGUGAUCGAGAAGGGGGCCGCCGCUUAGUAGCAUCGUCUUCUUUGGCGAGUUCGGAUGCGGCGCGGUAGUGGUCGCGGGCUUGGAGGAGGAGCUUCAUCCGAUAAGGAGACGUGUGAUGAAGAGAGCGGACUUGCAUCUCAAGAGCAGAUGCGCCGUAGAAACGGAUAUAGAUCAGGCAUGCUGUGUCUGGCUUGUGCUGGGAAAUAUCAUGUUAAUAAAAUUGUGGCAAGACGCAUCGCUGCGUAAAGUAUAUCUUACCGAAUCCUUCAUGGUGUCGAGAAUCUCUUGACAUCGCAUAGAGCAGUGCCGGUAUCUUCGGUUGAUGAAGUCUCUUUUGAUCUCAGCCAACGCCCUCCUCCACUGGGAAGGCGUAGAAGGAGCUGGUCUAGAUGUAAUGAGAGGCUCGGGAAUUAUGCGCUCGCGCGUUGCUUGCCGGAACUGCAUCUCAGCUGUUCUUGGCUUGUACGGCGUGGGCUCCCAACUUGUGGCAUUGGAUUUGCCUUCUGCGAAAGAUGUUGCGAUUUUUGAUGCUGGAAUGAGCGCGCUCAUGCGAAGGGGGAUCAGACCCGGCAUAUUGAAGAUGAACUUGUGAGUUGAUGAAUGAAUGGUGAUGGAAUCGAAUUUGAUCAGAUAAAAGAGCGUGUGGAAAGUCUGGAAACAGUGUUUGACGAAGCAGUGUCGUAAUAGCGUACUCGAAAAAAGGAGAUUGUAAAGGACCAGGAAUGUAUGUAUAUAUUGGAACACACAAAUAUAGGUAUUAGAGAAUGUUGAGGAAGUGUGAGAGAAAGAGAGUGGCAGCGACGAAUAAAGGCUUGGAGACGAAGAGUAGUAUGCAACGUAUAUUAUUCACGUAAAGAAAUAAAACUACUUGUCUGAAUUCAAGC